GUGCAGGACUGGCAUAGGUACAAUCUUCUUAGCUUCAGAAUCUUGAGUGACUCGUGAUGAUCACAAGCAAUGAUGGAAGCAGCUACGUUGCUAAAUUUCCCACGAUGUAGGGUAAUGGACAAAUGGUGAAGCUGGCCACCAUUGGCGGCAGCAGAGCAUUGCAUGACACUAUGAAACAGCCCUAUACCAGGUCUUGUACAGAAAUAUCUUCCAAAAUCAAAGGUGAUGCUCCUCACAGCCACAAAAUCGAAUCUGAUAGAUAAAAUACUUCUUCACAUGUUCUAUGAAACUUGAAUUUUCGCGAACGGUUUCGAUUGAAAUUGAGGUUAGGAGUUGCUUUCCACAAAUUUCUCCACCUCUUUUCAUAGUAGGCUGGUCUGAACUGCAGAUUUCGCGUCAAGGAACUAGAGAACGUGAUCGAUAAUGUUGUAUGGAAGAUCGCUCAACCUGUUGAUUUGUUCUUCGACAUCGUGCCUCCUAAUUUCGGGUUUCUUCUUGUCCAUCUUAGAGUUCCCUGCCAUAUCCUCUUCCUCCUUACCAUGAAUCAUAUUGUUGCUGCAGACAAGAAAUGUUCAAACUAAGGGAAGAACAAACAACAGUGUCACUUUGGUAAGAGGGAGAAAGGGAAUAAAGAGAGACGACAAGGGCAAUAUUGUAUUUUACUAUCAAUCGAAUCCGAGUCAGCACAUUUCUUCUCUUUUUCUUUUUCUAUUCCAAAACAAGGGAUAAAACGAAUCCGUGUGCAGAAGCCGAAGCAAUCGCCACUUUACUGAUCCAGACAUCCAGUGACUCUGUUUCAGCAACCACACCAACCACCAAACCAAUCUUUCCGAUGGAGUUCACGGCGGCGCAGCUGAGUCAGUUCGACGGCACCGACCCAUCGAAGCCCAUCUACGUGGCAAUCAAGGGCCGGGUGUUCGACGUCAGCUCCGGCAAUUCCUUCUACGGUCCUGGGGGAUCCUACGCCAUGUUCGCGGGGAAGGACGCGAGCAGAGCUCUGGCGAAGAUGAGCAAGAACGACGAAGACGUCAUCCCUUCGCUCGACGGCCUCUCCGACAAGGAGAUCGGCGUGCUCGCCGAUUGGGAGAAGAAGUUCGAGGCUAAGUACCCUGUUGUCGGCCGCGUCGUCUCUUAAAAACUCUGCCUUUCAAAACCCUAGCUCAAAAGAGUCCAAGAUUGGAUUUUUAAUUGAAAUAUGUAUUUGUGCUGUACUGUAUUAACUCUCGAUCUGACUCUCUCUGAAUCUCUGUGUGAUUGAAUAAAGCCAUGUGGGCUUUGUGUUGCUCUGGAUUUUCUACAAUGGGGAGGAAUUGAAUUCCUCUUAGCCUUUGAUUGCCUUUGGAGUUGCAACUGAUUGAUGUAAUGUAAUAAUAGCUCUCUGGCUUUGCUGGAACUUAGCUCCAUUUUUGCUCUGUUCGUUUUUUGUGAUCUUGAUGGUGACUUGCUGCAGAGUUUCCCUCCCCAAAAUGUUGUAGGCUUAGAUCGAGUUCUUAUGUUGCAGUAGCCAGUAUGGACAUGUUGAAUUCUUGGUAACAACUCUUACAACUGCACUGUAGCUUUGUUGAUUGAAAUUGCUGUAAUGGAGCAGCAGGGACUGUCAAAACCAGGAUGGUUUGAUCGGGUGAUGAAUCAGAUUCAUGAACGCGAGAUCUGUAUGCAUCACAGUCGUUAUCGGCAUUCGUAGAUUUUUCCUUCACUGAUCUCCAAUCUCUCUGGAGGAGAACCAAUGUGGAAGAGAUAAAAGGGAGAUCUCCAAUCUCUAUAUACGGGGAACCAAUGUUGACGAGAUAAAGAGGGAGAGUGGUUUGUUUUCAGAAGAAAGUAUCUCCUUAUUCACGAUGGCACUCUCAAAGUCGACAUUUUUUUUCAUAGAAAGUCUAAAAUUGGCUUAGAGACCAAAUCAGUCUAAUCUGUGGUGAAAAUUUUCAACCCUCCAAAAAUGAUGUGUCUCCUCAAGUCAAAUCUCUCUACCACAUUUUCCUCUCUUGUGUUCUUAUUUUCGGGUUCAUUAGCAUCAAAUUUUAGCAUCAAAUUUCUCUUUAUCAAUUUGGCUAGAUUAUCGUUCCUCUGAAUUCUUAUUCCUGGAUUCUGGUUGUCGUCGUUCAUCCCUCCUUUCCACAUUUGUAAGUUAACCCCCUCUAUCUCCACAUUUCUCAUAUGCAACAAAAAGAAGAGGAAAAUGGCUUUUUUUCUUGGAUUGGUUAGUGGCAAAAUCGUUUAUCCUAGAUGUUCAAGCAUGUAGAAUUAAAGAUCAAUAUUGUA